UCGUCAAGCCCGCUUUUCGCGUUCUGCCGCGCGAGUCGGCGCCUCCGUCCUUCUUGCUUCCGCCCGCCAUCCCCUCUGUCCCCACCCAGCGCCGUCCCCGCCGCCGCAGACGACGACCAUGGCGAAACCGCGCAUCGAGCCCAACCGCCGUCGCUCGCUGUCAGACCCGCUCGCAGCAGCCCUCCUCCCGCCAGAGAACGAGUCGCCCACGGAGCGCGCGGCCCGCCUGCGCGCCGAGUGCGACGCGAAGAAAAUCAGCGACAACAUCGACGAGAUGCUCCGUCAGGAGCGCAUGGAGCGCAAGAAGGCGCGCGCCGAGGUCCACGUCCUGCUCCUUGGCCAGUCUGAGUCCGGCAAGAGCACGACGCUCAAGCAGUUCCAGCUUCUUCACUCGCCAGCCGCCUUCCACCAAGAGCGCAUCGCAUGGCGCGCGGUCAUCUAUCUCAAUCUCGUGCGCUCUGUGCGUCGAAUUCUGGACGCGAUCUCGGACGCGUACGAUGAGGACGCGGAUGACUCGAUGGAAGUUCGGUCUACUGAGAGCAACCCUUCUUCAGCCACAUCCGGCACGAAGGUUCCGAACUACGACGCCUACCGGCAACGGCUAGAACCCCUGGUCGCACUAGAAGAUCGCCUCACGCGAUCGCUCUCCGCACCGGACGAGGACGAGCCCACGCACCUCGGCCCCAUCCAACCCUCCUACAGCGCCCCCAGCAACCCCGCGAACGGCGCGCGGCCCAACCCGACGAUCGUCAUCCCCGACAACCGCGCGCAGUCGCUGCCCGUGUCCCCCGCGGACACGCGGUCCGGGCGGAAGCAGAAGGAGGUCGCGGUGCACACGUCGACGAACUGGAAGAAGGCGUUCGCGUUGGGGAACCGGUCCAAGAGCCCGAAGAGCGCGCACACGGGCGAGAUUGAGGGGUGGUGGGAGGACCCGGACGAUCCGGUGCAUGCGCUGCAUGCGUGUGCGCCGGCGAUGUUGGAGCUGUGGCGCGAUCCGCGGGUGAGGCAGCGGUUGCAGGAGCGGCGGUUGCGGUUGGAGGAGAGCAGUGGAUUCUACUUGGACGAAAUACCACGAAUAACGGCGAAGAAGUACAUCCCGACGGAUGCCGAUGUUCUGAAGGCAAGGUUGAAGACAAUGGGCGUCGUGGAGCAUACGUUCUCAGUAGCGAACGGCAACAACAAAGGCGUGCAGUGGAAGAUCUACGACGUCGGUGGUGCGCGGAAUCAACGACAAGCGUGGGCGCCGUAUUUUGAGGAUGUCAACGCGAUCAUCUUCCUCGCGCCUAUAUCCGCCUUCGACCAGGUCUUGACGGAGGACCCGCGCGUGAAUCGGAUGGAGGACUCACUGCUGCUGUGGAAGUCGGUGGUGUCGAACAAGCUGCUGGGGCAUGUGAACCUGGUGCUGUUUUUGAACAAGUGUGAUUUGUUGCAGUCGAAGCUGGACGCAGGCGUACAACUUGGGCAACAUAUGAUAUCCUAUGGCGACCGACCAAACGACUAUGAUUCAGUAUCGAAAUACUUCCGCAAUAAAUUCGGCGCCCUGCACCAAACCUACACACCCAAUAAAGAGCGGGAGCUCUACAUUCACUUCACGUCCGUGACGGACACGAGACGGACGGCGACGAUCAUAUCGACGGUGCGCGACAUCAUCAUCAAGGGCAACCUGCGGAAUAUGCGACUCGUAUAAACGGUGGUGAUGAUACCGCGCAUCUCUUUAUUGUCGACCUCUAGAUGGCGGGAGGUUGUCGGCGGUGGGUGGACGGCCUCACGAGAGUGAUUCCCUUAGCACUGGACCGCCAGGCCUUCUCUGGGCGGCUAGUAGGCGCAUCCUUCCAUUGGUAUCUUUCCGUAGCUAUGCUCUUCGUUUCUUUCAUCUACCUGCUGAUCGACCGCCUCCCAUCUACGCACGCCUUCCUCUCUCUCUCCCGCGCUCCCUCAUUCACUUGGAACCCU